GUCAGUGACGACGACCCACCAACACGGAGAGAAUAAAAUAUUAUUAUAACGCACACUCAUCUGUCCGCCGCGGUCUACACACACACACGCGUAUGCGCACGUCUGCGACGUGAACGUGUGUCUUAUGCGUACCCAUCAUAAUCGUACAAUAAAACCGUACGUAACAAUUAAUGUACAAAAAUAAUUCGUACACGUAACAUAAUUGUAAGUAUACUAUUUUGGGUAAAAUACACGCGUCUCCGCGCGCACUUGUCAGGCAGACGCCGCGAUCGCAGUCCGACGGGCCUUCUAAAUGGACGUGCUCAGACACGAGAAGUAUCUGGCACUAUUGAUACUAAUUAUAUCAUUUAACAUCUCCGUAUCAUCGAGCAGACAGCAUCACCUCCGACAUGGUCGACACAAAAGACAACAAUGGAACAAUACGUUUAGCAGCUCGGGAUUCGUACCAGAGUAUCAUGUUUAUCUGGACGGCAGUGCCUCGGAGAGUGGUGAAUGGAGUCCGUGGUCCGACGAUGGCCAAUGUUCCCGUAGUUGCGGCGGAGGAGUCGCGUUUCAGACCAGGAGAUGUCUGACAUCCAGACAAGACGGUUCCGAAGAUUGUACAGGAUCAUCGAAAAGAUAUUAUUCCUGUAACAUUCAAGAAUGUCCUAGAAAAAGUCUGGAUUUCCGACUGGAACAAUGCGGUGCGUUUAACCGUGUACCGUUUGAAGGAUUGACAUACGAAUGGGUACCCUACACCAAAGCUCCAAACAAAUGUGAACUGAAUUGUAUGCCGAAAGGGGAACGAUUUUAUUACAGGCAUAGAAAUAAAGUAAUCGAUGGUACACCGUGUGAUGAAGAAAAAUUAGACGUUUGCGUCGAUGGAAAAUGUUUGUCAGUAGGAUGUGAUAAUCUAUUGGGUUCGCCGGUAAGAGAAGAUCGUUGCCGUAACUGUGGAGGAGAUGGUUCCAACUGCAAUACCGUUCAAGGUAUUUUGGACAUGAAUGAUUUACAGUACGGGUAUACGGAUAUACUUUUGAUUCCGGCAGGUGCUACUAACAUAAGAGUAAGGGAAAUUCAGCCGUCCAAUAAUUAUUUAGCAAUUAGAAACGUUUCUGGACACUAUUACCUAAACGGUAAUUGGAAGAUAGAUUAUCCUAGAAGCUUGAAAAUCUGCAAUUCCGUUUUCCAUUACGAGAGGAAAAAGCGAGCACUUUACACACCCGAAAUAAUUACAGCUUUAGGACCAAUUUCAGAAGCCAUUUAUAUAGUUUUACUCUAUCAAGAAGUUAACCCCGGAAUCGAGUACGAGUACAGUAUUCCAACUAGUGCCGCAAAGCUAACAUUAUCCAGAGGAUACAAUUGGAUGUAUAAUGAGUUCACUGAAUGCAACACAACUUGCGGUGGAGGUACAAGAACUCGAGACGUUUGGUGUGCUCAAAAGAAUGACUCCAUGCCUGUACCUGCAGAACUUUGUGAUCCAGGUUUGGAACCAUUAAAAUCACAAUCGUGUUCGAUGGAACCUUGUCCACCUAAAUGGGCGCCAGCUAAUUGGACAUUAUGUACACACAAAUGUGGAACAAACGGAACACAGACUAGAGAAGUCGGAUGUGUGCGACGAAUCAAUGGUAUUGAUGUUCCCGUAGAUAGUAAUUACUGUAACCAGUACGACGGAGCAAAGCCGGCCACUGUACAACCAUGCAAUAUAGGGCUAGAAUGCCCACUAUGGCACACUGAUCCUUGGAAACCUUGUAAUCAAUUGUGUGGAGCUGGUAAACAAACAAGAAAAGUUAGUUGCUACAGAAAAGUUGAUAAGAAAAUUAUUGUCUUAAAUGAUGACGAAUGUGAGACUAAAAAGCCAGACACAGAAAAAGCAUGUCAUUUGCGUCCAUGUGAGGGUGUCGAUUGGGUGACGUCUGCGUGGUCAGGAUGCGGUGAUUGUAACUUGGAUUUCGAAACUAGACAAGUGAUUUGUGCAAAUUCCAAAGGAAAAUUAUAUGAUAGCCAAUUUUGUAAGAAAUCAAAAUACCCAGAGACUAUCCGAAAUUGUACACCAUCAGAUGCAUGCGAGUAUCAGUGGUAUGCCACUCAAUGGAGUGAGUGUUCAUCAAAAUGCAGUACUGGAAAACAAAUUAGAAAAGUUUUUUGCGGAUCUUUAGUCGGUGAAUCGAUUAAAAAAGUCGAUAAUGUAAAAUGCGAUCCAAGCAAAAAAUACGAAGAUACUAAAAAUUGUACUGGUAAAGAAACAUGCAAAGGAGAAUGGUUUUCAGGCCCUUGGACGGCGUGUUCAAAACCUUGUGGUUCUGGAGAAAAAAGCAGAAAGGUAUUUUGUAUGGUUGGAAACUCUACUGUGGAUGCUAGUCAGUGUAAACCCGAAACACUUUUAUACUCUAGCGAUGAGUGUAAUAAACAGCCUUGUGGUGAAGAUCAAAUUAUGCCUGUUGAGUCUAAGAAACCAAUUACGGAAGAAGAUACGCUCGAAGAAGAAGAGUGCGAAGAUGAAAUGAUAACGGUUACUCCAUUUGCAAGUGAACCAGAUUAUGAAGCUACAACAUCGCCCUACACACAAUCAUCUGAUGAUAAUACGAUUAGUGUGGAUUUAAAUAAUACAACGAAAUCCGAAGAAUCUGAUGAAAUUACUACAGAUUCAAUGAAUACUGAAAAGGGAAGCACUAUUACACCUUUGGAAAUAAAAAUAACAUCUACACAAAAAAAAACGAACUCCACUACUACUACUACUACUACUACUACUUCUCCAAUCAAACGGAAAAAGAGACAAGCUAUCUUAGAUUCUCAAAUCAAAUUUUCUAAUGCUAAACCUACUAAUGUCCCUAGCCUUGACUUAUCGAGUACCUUUGAGUCCUCAACUAUUAUUUCAACAACGGAUAUGUCGACUACUGAUAUAUCAACCACAGAUAUUUCAACAACGGAUUAUACAACGGUUGACACGCCAACAACUAUUGAUAUUGCUUCGACGACUGACAUUAAUACAUCAGUUUCUUCAGCGUCGCCGUCUACAUCACCAGAACCAACAACAAUUACAUCUCAGACUGAAACACUUCAAACUGAAACAAUGACGAAUAAUGGAAAUAUAUCAACUUUGAUAGAUAUUUCAUCAUCUACAGCUGAUUAUAGUACCGAAAACAGCGAUAAAACUACUCCUAUGGAGUUAACAACCGUGUCAAUGUCUUCCCCUGAUACAGAAAGUACUGUUGUAUCUGAUUCAAUAACUGAAUCAAGUACGGAUGCAAUGUCCACUACAGAUAUUUCAUCAACCAUUAAUUUAUCAUCAAGCCCCGAACCAUCUACAUCACUUUCAUCAUUAGAAACAAUCGCAUCAUCAACUGAGAUGUCAGUUAGCACUUCUGACUAUACCAGCGAAACAUCUGAAGUUAUGACAACAUUCACUUCAGUAACUAAUUCAACUAAAAAAACUACCAAGAAGGAGAAUCCAUUAAUUGAAGCUUCUAAAAAGGGCAAACGUAUUUGUAAGAAAAAAAAGAAAUUAGUCGGUUGUCAGACAUCAGAAUUUGGAUGCUGCUUUGAUGACAAAACGCCCGCUAAAGGACCAUUUAGUGCUGGUUGUCCGGAUGUACAUACCUGCAAAGAUACAGAACAUAACUGUUGUUCAGAUGGCGUGACUCCUGCAACUGGUCCUAAAAACGAAGGAUGUCCUCCUUCAAUGUGUAACGCUACCUUGUAUGGCUGCUGUUCAGAUGGCUUUAGUAUUUCACUUGGAAAUGAUUUUGAAGGAUGUCCUGUUGAGUUACCUGUAUUGACAACGACAUUGGUACCAGAUCUCGGAUGCAAGAAUACACAAUUUGGUUGUUGUCCAGAUGGAAAUUCUCCUGCUUCAGGACCAAGUUUCCAAGGAUGUUAUAGUUGCGUUGAAGGAUCAGGAGAAUGUGAUUCGUGUUUGGAAACGGCAUAUGGUUGUUGUGCAGAUAAUGUCACCGCAGCUACAGGGCCAAAUAUGGCUGGUUGCCAAGAUAAUUUGACAACUGAUGAUUUCAUUUUCGUAACAUCUACUUCAGAACAACCGUCUGACUCGUGUCAAUUAUCAGAAUUUGGAUGCUGUCCUGAUGGAGUAUCAUCAGCCUCUGGAUUCAACCUUGAAGGAUGUAUAGGAGUUGACUUUGAUAAUUGCACUUUGAAUGAAAAUGACACAGAAUGUUUAUCUGCAUGUGCUAAAGAACAAUUUGGAUGUUGUGACGAUAAUAUUACUGCUGCACAUGGACCAAAUAAAGAAGGCUGUUGUCUAAGUUCCCAAUAUGGCUGUUGCCCAGACAAUAUAGUACCAGCUAAUGGACCUAGUCUACAAGGUUGUGGAUGUAUUUACACGCCAUUUGGAUGUUGCCCAGACAAUACUACAACUGCUAGAGGUCCAAAUAACGCUGGCUGUAGUUGCCAAUACACCGAACAUAAAUGUUGUCCAGAUAACUUCACACCAGCUUCAGGACCUCAGUACGAAGGUUGCGCGUGUCAUACAUACCAGUUUGGUUGCUGUCCCGAUGGUAUAACUAAAGCACUUGGUCCAAACUCGCAAGGGUGUGGUUGUGAAUACACUCAAUAUGGAUGUUGUGGUGAUAAAAAUACACCAGCUCUAGAUGAAACUAAAAAUUGUAGUUGUGAGGCAUCUAAGUAUGGAUGUUGUUUAGAUGGUAUAGCCGAGUCUAAAGGGGAAAAUUUCGAAGGAUGUCAAUCUAAACCCAUUCUACCUGGAGAUAGAUGCAAAGAGCCCAAAGAUCGAGGUAGCUGUUCAGAUUUCACUGUUAAAUGGUUCUUUGAUACUGAGUAUGGUGGUUGUUCAAGAUUUUGGUAUGGAGGAUGUAAUGGAAAUAAUAACCGUUUCAAAACGCAAGAAGAAUGUAAAGAUAUAUGUGUUGAGCCAUCUGGUCGAGAUGUAUGUUACUUGCCAAAAAGCGUGGGUCCAUGUGAAGGAUAUUACCCUACUUGGUACUACGACCAAGAACGAAAACAAUGUGCACAAUUUGUUUAUGGUGGAUGUCUUGGUAAUAAUAAUAAAUUCCAAUCACGAGAAGAAUGUGAACACCUUUGUGUGGUUCCUGAUACUUUGGAUCCUUGUGAACAACCACUUACACCUGGACCUUGUAAAGGUAACUAUUCACGUUGGUACUAUGAUAAAUCAACACGUACCUGUUCAUCAUUUAACUAUGGCGGCUGUAAAGGAAAUCAAAAUAAUUUCUUGAAUAAAGAAUCAUGCAAUCAUAAAUGUAUAAACCCACUCAAAAUCCAAGAAGAAUGUUUGAUGACUGUUGCUCGGGGUGAUAAAAACUGUGAUAAGAAGAUACCAAGGUGGUAUUUUGAUAAUAAUGAAAACGCAUGUAAACCUUUCUAUUAUACUGGUUGUGGUGCCAAUGCUAACAAUUAUGAGACGCAAGAGUCUUGUGAAAAGAAAUGUCCAUCUAAGAGAAAACUUGAUACAUGUAAAUUACCCGCUCUUGUUGGUGAAUGUCAUGACUACGUAAAUCGUUGGUACUUUAACUCUUUGGAUGGUCGUUGUAAGCAAUUUUACUAUGGUGGUUGUGGUGGAAAUGAAAAUAAUUUCGAAACACAAUAUAGUUGUGAAAAUAAAUGUAUCGACUCUAGUCGUAUUACAACUUUAGCACCUCCUCAAUUUUCAAAAGACAAAUGCUUCUUGUCCCAAGACCGCGGUAACUGUAGCAAUAUGUCUUCUAAAUAUUUCUAUGAUAGACAAGACGGCGUUUGCAAACAAUUCAUGUACGGUGGCUGCGGAGGUAAUGACAACCGCUUUGAUUCUAAACAAGAAUGUGAACGACAGUGUUUCGAAGCACAAGAUCUAUGUCAAUUGCCAAGAGUAGAAGGACCGUGUAGAGGAGAUUUCAGACAAUGGUAUUACGAUAAAAAUAGUGAUAGAUGCUUCCAAUUCCGAUAUGGUGGAUGUCAAGGAAACUCUAAUCGCUUUAAUGACCGACAAUCCUGUGAAUCCCGUUGUGUACAAAAUGUUGUAACAACAGUUGCUUCACCAAUAAUAGCCCAAACACGACCAAGUGACGUUUGUCUAAUUCCACUCGACCCCGGUCCUUGUCUUCAAACUAUUGAUAUGUGGUACUUUAAAACAUCCACAAGACGAUGUGAAUCUUUUGCUUAUAGUGGCUGUGAAGGAAAUGCUAAUAAAUUCCAAUCGGUUGAAGAAUGUGAACGAAUCUGCUACCCAUAUAUUGAUCCAAAUGCAAAUAAAAUUGAACAGGAACCACGAACUAUAAAACCAGAAGAACCACAAAUAUCUACAGACAUUUGUGAAGCAGGGAAAUUACGUUGUAAACAAUUAUCCGAAGAAGCAACAAGAUGUCCGUACGGACUUGAACAUUGGGUUAAUGCUGUUGGUUGUGAAGACUGUCGAUGUUAUAAUCCUUGCUUGCCAGGACCCGAUCAGAAAUCGGUUUGUCCUGCAGAUUAUCAAUGUAUAGUGGACGUUAUUACGUCAGACAACGGAGAUUCGAAAUAUAAGGCCACCUGUAGACCAGUUUUCAAGCCAGGAGAAUGUCCUCAGCUUGCCGUUUACCAGAGCGACUGCGCCGAACAGUGUAGAACAGAUGCUGAUUGUGUGGGAGACGAUAAGUGUUGUUAUAACGGUUGUGGUACUUUCUGUUUGCGUCCACAACAGUCCACCUCAACGACGACUGCAUCGACGACCACUGCGAUUAUGCAAGAAAAAGAAUCACCUCCGCAAAUCGUCACAGCCGAUUCCAACGUAGAGGCCGAUGAAGGCAACUACGCCACUCUCAGAUGCGUAGUUAUUGGUAAUCCUACACCGACGAUCGUUUGGCAGAAGAACACCACACUGAUCGACGGAUCGGGUGGUCAUUACAAACUGUUUGCCGAUGGUACGUUACAGAUAGUUGGGCUAUACAAAUACGAUUCAGGAGUGUAUAUUUGUAUGGCUAGCAACGGUAUCGGCGAACCAAUCAGAAAAGAGGUCUACUUAACGGUCAAAGACCCGAUCCCACGACCCGCAAACGUUAUCGGCGAGGAGAGCACUGCCGUGAUCGUCGCGCUCAACAAUCCCACUGUGCUGCAGUGUUACGCAGUCGGCUGGCCGCGUCCUAUCGUCACUUGGUGGCGGGCCGACCGGAUGUUGCCGAUGACGUCCGAGACGUUCGAACAGCGCAACGACCAUUCGUUGUACAUCCGGAUGGUAACGAUCAACGUGCUCGGCCCGUACACGUGUCAGGUGUACAACGGAAUCGGUCGGGCGUCUUCGUGGAGCGUCACGCUCCAGGCGCACGGCACUUCCGCCGACUAUCCGUACAACCCGUACCUGGUGCCACCGCCCAGGCACCCGGGUACCGGUGACGUGAUCCGACUCAAGCCGACCGUCGUCAGGCUCACCAGACCACCGCCCAUCUUCAGAACGGUCACCCCACAACACACCGACGUCGAGACCACACAGCCGUCACAGCAAAAGGUCUUCACUGUCCCCGUACGAGUUAACAUAUCUUUACCAGCCACAACGAUCGCCGUCGGUUCGGACCUGACGAUUCCUUGUUCGGUGGACGGUUAUCCGAUACCCACUGUGACCUGGUACAAAGACGGGCAAAUACUAAGGAACAAUGAACGGACUCAGGCGACCGAAAACAAGUUGGUCGUCAUCCGUACGAAUGCUUCGGAUUCGGGUUCUUAUAAAUGUGAAGCGUACAACUCGUACAGCUCCGAUGAGAAAACCGUAAACAUUACAAUAGAAGGUAUGUAUAUUCCUCCAAACUGUACAGACAGUCGGUUUUUCGCCAAUUGUUCUUUGAUCGUGAAAGGAUCCUACUGUAAUCAUCCGUACUACAAGAAGUUCUGCUGCGAGUCAUGCACACGGGCCGGUCUACUACCGACCAAUGACUAUCAAAACAACUUUUCAUACAUCAGCAAUUCAAUCAGACGGUUCAGAAGAGAUCUAGUCAACAAACUUCAGAGUUUGAACUUAUUCUAAGCGGAGCGCAACGGCGGAUCGCGUUGCAUUUUAGUCAUAAAUACAAAAUUUUAAAUAUUAUUAUACAUCAUAAGAGAAAAAAAGAAUAAUACAAUUUUAGAUAAUAUUGCUAUACUUCAUAAUAUAUUAUUAUUAUUAUUUGUUCGUGUCACGUAAUAAUUUUACUAUUAUUAUCAUCAUCUUAUUAUUAUUAUUAUUAUUAUUAUUAUAAAUAUCAUCAUUAUUAUACUAUUACUAUUAUUAUUAUUAUUAUUAUUAUUAUUAUAAAUAUUAUAAUUAUUACAAACCGGAAUUUUAUUCGUUCCAAACGGCAAAUGCCUCUAAAGGUAACGUCGUAGGUAAUCAAAUAACUUUCAAAAUUAUGCACAGUCAUUCCACGUAAUGUUUUAUUAUAUAAUUAUGAAACAUCAUAUAUAUUAUAGUUUAAACAUAUAAAUUUUUUUUUUUUUUAACCAGUACCUAAUAAUCAGUUAUAUAUAUAUAUAUAUAUUUAAUCAGUUCCUAAUAAUAGUCAUACAUACUCGUUGUUAGGAAAAUAGUUAAAUAUUAUUUUAUGUACUUUAGAUAGUCGGCAUGAUUAAUUUAUUAUAUUAUACCUUCCUAUAAUAAAGUAUAUAUAUUAUGUUCACUUAAAUGUAUAACAUUUCC